UGAUAGACUUUCAUCAGAAAUAUCUAUGGAAUCAAUUACAAGAAGCACUGCUGAAUCUAUAACCAGUUUAACAGAUGAAUCGACCAAUGAUGGCAUUUCAGAAAUGCAACUAUUCUCCACAUCUUCGUUAGACGACUAUGAACUGUCAACACUAGAAGGGUCUAUUAUGCCAAUUAUAACAGCAAAAUCAGAGACUGCAAUUACAGCUGAAGAAACAACUGUGGAUUUCACUUAUGAACAAAGUACUGAUGAGGAACUAAAAUUAACAACGGAGCUGACAACAGAUUUUACAGAGAAAACUGAAAUGCCAACUGGAGGACUGGCUGAUCAAAUGACAACAGAAGUCACUGGAGAAUUGACAACAGAAUUUACAUCAGAAUUAACCACCAGCAUUGCAGAUACACUAACAGAACUUACGACAGAUUUGACAGAGGAAACUGAAUUGCCGACAUUUGGAGUAACUGAUCAAUUGACUACAGAGUUCACUGGAGGUUCAACUAUUCCUGAAGAAAUGGAAUUGACGACAACAUUUACAUCAGACUUAUCUACCAGUUUCACAGAAAUACCAACACAACUUACAACAGAUUUGACAGAGGAAACCGAAUUGCCAACUGUCGGAGUAACUGAUCAAUUGACUACAGAGUUCACUGGAGAUUCAACUAUUCCUGAAGAAAUGGAAUUGACGACAACAUUUACGUCAGACUUAUCUACCAGUUUCACAGAAAUACCAACACAACUUACAACAGAUUUGACAGAGGAAACCGAAUUGCCAACUGUCGGAGUAACUGAUCAAUUGACUACAGAGUUCACUGGAGAUUCAACUAUUCCUGAAGAAAUGGAAUUGACGACAACAUUUACAUCAGACUUAUCUACCAGUUUCACAGAAAUACCAACACAACUUACAACAGAUUUGACAGAGGAAACCGAAUUGCCAACUGUCGGAGUAACUGAUCAAUUGACUACAGAGUUCACUGGAGAUUCAACUAUUCCUGAAGAAAUGGAAUUGACGACAACAUUUACGUCAGACUUAUCUACCAGUUUCACAGAAAUACCAACACAACUUACAACAGAUUUGACAGAGGAAACCAAAAUGCCAACUGAUCAACUGACAACAGAGGAAACUGGAGUAUCUUCUACUCCUGAGGAAGUAUCUACCAGUUUCUCAGAAAUACCAACACCAUACACAACUGAUUCAUCUCAAGAUUUAACACAGGACACUGAAAUGCCAACUGCUGGAGUAACUGAUCAACUGACUACAGAGGUCCCUGGAGAAUCAACUAUUCCUGAAGAACUAGAACUGACAACACUAUUUACAUCAGAAAUACCAAGCAGUUUCACUGAAAUACCAACACAAUUUACAACAGAUUUGACAGAAGAAACAGAAAUGGCAACCAUUGGAGCAACUGAUCAAGUAACAACAGAGGUCACUGGAGAAGUAACUACACCUGAAGAAGAAGAACUGACCACAUCAUUUACAUCAGAAGUAUCUACCAGUUUCACAGAAAUACCAACACAAUUUACAACUGAUUCAUCAGAAGAUUCAACAGAAGAAACAGAAAUGCCAACUAUAGGAGUAACUAAUCAACUGACUACAGAGGUCACUGGAGAAUUAACUACUCAUGAGGAGCUAGAAUUGACAUCAGCAUUUACAUCAGAAGUAUCUACCAGUUUCACAGAAAUACCAACACAAUUUACAACUGAUUCAUUGGGAGAUUCAACUGAGGAAACUGAAAUGCCAACAGCAGGAGUGACUGAUCAAUCAACUACAGAGGUCACUGAAGAAUUAACUACUGCUGAAGAAGAAGAACUGACAACAGCAUUUACAUCAGAAGUAUCUACCAGUUUCACAGAUAUACCAACACAACCUACAACAGAUUUGAAAGAGGAAACAGAAAUGUCAACUCUUGGAGUGACUGAUCAAUUAACAACAGAGUUCACUGGAGAAGUAACUACUCCUGAAGAACUAGAAUUGACAACAUCAUUUACAUCAGAUUUAUCUACCAGUUUCACAAAUAUACCAACACAAUUUACAACUGACUCAUCUGAAGAUUCAACAGAAGAAACUGAAAUGACAACUUUUGCUGUAACUGAUCAACUGAUCACAAAGGUAACAGGAGAAUCAACUACUCCUGAAGGAGAAUUGACAACAGCUUUUACAUCAGAAGUAUCUACCAGUUUCACAGAAAUACCAACCCAAUUUACAACUGACUCAUUUGAAGAUUCAACAGAGCAAACCGAAAUGACAACUGUUGAAGUAACUGAUCAACUGACAACUGAGGUGACUGGAGAAGUAACUACUCCUGAAGAAGAACUGACAUCAUCAUUUACAUCAGAAGUAUCUACCACUUUCACAGAAAUACCAACACAAUAUCUAACUGACUCAUCUGAAGACUCAGAGGAAACUGAAAUGACAACCAAUGGUGUAACUGAUCAACUGACUACAGAGGUAACUGGAGAAUCCACUACUUCUGAAGAAGAAGAAUUGACAACAGCAUUUACAUCAGACGUAUCGACCGGUUUCACAGAAAUGCCAACACCAUUAACAACUGAUUUGACAGAGGAAACUGAAAUGUCAACUUUUGAUGUAACUGAUCAACUGACCACAGAAGUCACUGGAGAAGUAACUACUCCUGAAGAAGAACUGACAGCAUCAUUUACAUCAGAAGAAUCUACCAGUUUCACAGAAAUACCAACACAAUUUACAACUGAUUCAUCUGAAGAUUCAACUGAGGAAACUGAAAAGACAACUGUUGACGUAACUGAUCAACUGACUACAGAAGUAACUGGAGAAUUAACUAGUCCUGAAGGAGGAGAAUUGACAUCAGUAUUUACACCAGAAGUAUCUACCAGUUUUACAGAAAUACCAACACAAUUUACAACUGACUCAUCUGAAGACUCAACAGAGGAAACUGAAAUGACAACUGUUGAUGUAACUGAUCAACUGACAACCGAGGUAACUGGAGGAUCAACUACUCCUGAAGAAGAAUUGACAACAGCAUUUAUAUCAGAAGUUUCUACCAGUUUCACAGAAAUACCAACACAAUUUACAACUGACUCAUCUGAAGAUUCAACAGAGGAAACUGAAAUGACAACCAACAGUGUAACUAACCAACUGACUACAGAGGUAACUGGAGAAUUAACUACUCCUGAAGGAGAAUUGACAACAGCAUUUACAUCAGAUGUAUCGACCGGUUUCACAGAAAUACCAACACCAUUAACAACUGAUUUGACAGAGGAAACUGAAAUGUCAACUAUUGGAGUGACUGAUCAACUGACCACAGAAGUCACUGGAGAAGUAACAACUCCUGAAGAACUGACCACAUCAUUUACAUCAGAAGAAUCUACCAGUUUCACAGAAAUACCAACACAAUUUACAACUGAUUCAUCUGAAGAUUCAACAGAGGAAACCGAAAUGACAACUGUUGAAGUAACUGAUCAACUGACAACCGAGGUGACUGGAGAAGUAACUACUCCUGAAGAAGAACUGACAUCAUUUACAUCAGAAGUAUCUACCAGUUUCACAGAAAUACCAACACAAUUUACAACUGAUUCAUCUGAAGAUUCAACAGAGGAAACCGAAAUGACAACUGUUGAAGUAACUGAUCAACUGACAACCGAGGUGACUGGAGAAGUAACUACUCCUGAAGAAGAACUGACAUCAUUUACAUCAGAUGUUUCUACCAGUUUCACAGAAAUACCAACACAAUAUACAACUGACUCAUCUGAAGAUUCAACAGAGGAAACUGAAAUGACAACCAACGGUGUAACUAACCAACUGACUACAGAGGUAACUGGAGAAUUAACUACUCCUGAAGGAGAAUUGACAACAGCAUUUACAUCAGAUGUAUCGACCGGUUUCACAGAAAUACCAACACCAUUAACAACUGAUUUGACAGAGGAAACGGAAAUGUCAACUAUUGGAGUGACUGAUCAACUGACCACAGAAGUCACUGGAGAAGUAACAACUCCUGAAGAACUGACCACAUCAUUUACAUCAGAAGAAUCUACCAGUUUCACAGAAAUACCAACACAAUUUACAACUGAUUCAUCUGAAGAUUCAACAGAGGAAACCGAAAUGACAACUGUUGAAGAAACUGAUCAACUGACAACUGAGGUGACUGGAGAAGUAACUACUCCUGAAGAAGAACUGACAUCAUUUACAUCAGAAGUAUCUACCACUUUCACAGAAAUACCAACACAAUAUCUAACUGACUCAUCUGAAGACUCAGAGGAAACUGAAAUGACAACCAAUGGUGUAACUGAUCAACUGACUACAGAGGUAACUGGAGAAUCCACUACUUCUGAAGAAGAAGAAUUGACAACAGCAUUUACAUCAGACGUAUCGACCGGUUUCACAGAAAUGCCAACACCAUUAACAACUGAUUUGACAGAGGAAACUGAAAUGUCAACUUUUGAUGUAACUGAUCAACUGACCACAGAGGUCACUGGAGAAGUAACUACUCCUGAAGAAGAACUGACAGCAUCAUUUACAUCAGAAGUAUCUACCAGUUUCACAGAAAUACCAACACAAUUUACAACCGAUUCAUCUGAAGGUUCAACUGAGGAAACAGAAAAACCAACUGCAAUAGUAACUGAUCAACUGACUACAGAGGUAAUAGGAGAAUCAACUACACCUGAGGAACCAGAAUUGACAACAGCAUUUACAUCAGAAGUUUCUACCAGUUUCACAGAAAUACCAACACAAUUUACAACUGACUCGUCUGAAGAUUCAACAGAGGAAACUGAAAUGACAACCAACGGUGUAACUAACCAACUGACUACAGAGGUAACUGGAGAAUUAACUACUCCUGAAGGAGAAUUGACAACAGCAUUUACAUCAGAAGUAUCUACCAGUUUUACAGAAUUACCAACACCGUUAACAACUGAUUUGACAGAGGAAACUGAAAUGUCAACUAUUGGAGUGACUGAUCAACUGACCACAGAGGUCACUGGAGAAGUAACUACUCCUGAGGAAGAAGAACUGACAACAUCAUUUACAUCAGAAGUAUCUACCAGCAUCACAGUAAUAUCAACAAAAUAUAUGACAGAUUUGACAGAGGAAUCAGAAAUGCCGACUGAAGAGGUCACUGACGAAUUGACUACAGAAGUAACUGGAGAAUCAACUACUCCUGAGGAACUAGACUUGACAACAGCAUUUAAGACCGAUUUAACAGAGAACACUGAAAUGACAACUGGAGGAGUCACUGAUCAAUCAACUACAGAGGUCGCUGGAGAAUCAACAACUCCUGAGGAACUAGACUUGACAACAGCAUUUACAUCAGAAGUAUCUACCAGUAUUACGGAAAUACCAACUCCAUUUACAACAGAUUUAACAAAGGAAACUGAAAUGACAACUGAAGGCAUCACUGAUCAAUUGACUACAGAGGUCACCAGACAGCCAACUACUCCUGAGCAACUAGAUUUGACAACAGCAUUUACAUCAGAAGUAUCUACCAGUAUUACGGAAAUAUCAACUCCAUUUAUGACAGAUUUAACAGAGGAAACUGAAAUGACAACUGGAGGAGUCACUGAUCAAUCAACUACAGAGGUCGCUGGAGAAUCAACAACUCCUGAGGAACUAGACUUGACAACAGCAUUUACAUCAGAAGUAUCUACCAGUAUUACGGAAAUACCAACUCCAUUUACAACAGAUUUAACAAAGGAAACUGAAAUGACAACUGAAGGCGUCACUGAUCAAUUGACUACAGAGGUCACCAGACAGCCAACAACUCCUGAGCAACUAGAUUUGACAACAGCAUUUACAUCAGAAGUAUCUACCAGUAUUACGAAAAUAUCAACUCCAUUUAUGACAGAUUUAACAGAGAUGACAUCUGGAGCAGUCAGCGAUCAAUCAACUACAGAGUUUGCUGGAGAAUCAACUACUUCUGAGGAACUAGAAUUGACAACAGUACUUGCAUCAGAAGUACCAACAAGUGUAACAAAAAUAUCAACUUCAUUUACAACAGAUUUGGUAGAGGAAACUGAAAUUCCAACAACGGGAGUGACUGAUCAAUCAACUACAGAGAUCACAGGAGAAUUAACAACUCCUGAGGAACUAGACUUGACAACAGCUGUUACAUCAAAAAUAUUCACCAGUGUUACGGAAAAACCAACAACAUUUACAACAGAUGAAAUUGAAAUGGCAACUGGAGGAGUCACCAAUCAGUCAACUACAGAGGUUAAUGAACAAUCAACUACUCAGGCACCAGAACUGACAACGGUAUUUACAUCAGAAGUAUCUAACAGUUUUACAAAAAUACCAACACCAUUUACGUCAGACUCGGAGGAAACAGAAAUGCCAACUAUUGGAACGACUGAGCCAUCAACUACAGUGUUCAGUGGAACAUCAACAACUCCUGGGAAACUAGAAUUGACAACUGCAUCCACAUCAGAAGUACCUACCCAUGUUACUGAAAUACCAACACAAUUUAUAACUGAUUCAGAAUUUGAAUUGUCAACAACAGGAGCAACACAUCAAUCAACUACAAUAUUUAGAACAAAUUUACCUAGUAUGAAUCCCUCAACAACUUUGCUUACAACUAUAGUACCCGUCGUGUUUACCUGUGAUGAGACAUUUGAUCCUGCACUCCUGAAUGCAUCUUCACCUCAAUAUACAAAUCGAGAACAAAAAGUCAUGCAUGAAUUUGAGCCGAUCUUAACAAACAAAUUUACUGCCUUCCUCUUGCUGAAUGUUCUUCGGUUCCUUCCUGGUUCAGUCGUCACAUUUAUAGAUUUGGAAUUCACAGUGAACAAUUUGCCCACUGAUGAUGAGAUCAGAGCUGUUUUCAUCAAUGCAAACACCUCAUUUAAUAUCACCAGUGUACAAGUCAGGCCAGAUGAAAAUGCUACAACAUCUAAAACAACCACUGGAACAACUGCAACAAGCCAAAAUGAAACUCAAACUACAAGUGAAGCACAGACAACCACGACCACGUCCCAACUUCCGACAGAUACAACCCAGUCAACAUUCUCAACAAGUGCAGAGCCAACAAGUACACCUCAGUCUGUAACUACUUCACAACCAGCACAAACUGAAACUCAAACUACAAGUGAAAUCCAGUCAACAAUGACCACAUCACAACUUCCAACAGAUACAACCCAGUCUACAUUUUCAACAAGUGCCCAGUCUACAAGUACACCCCAGUCUGUAACUACUUUACACUCAGCACAAAAUGAAACCCAAACUACAAGUGAAAUCCAGUCAACAAUGACCACAUCAGAACUUCUAACAGAUACAACCCAGUCUACAUUUUCAACAAGUGCCCAGUCUACAAAUACACCGCAGUCUGUAACUAUUUCACAACCAGCACAAAAUGAAACCCAAACUACAACUGAAGGCCAGACAACAAUGACCACAUCACAACUCCCAACAGAAUCAACCCAGUCUACAUUCUCAACAAGUGCCCAGUUUACAAAUACACCCCAGCCUGUAACUACUUCACAACCAGCACAAACUGAAACCCAAACUACAACUGAAGGCCAGACAACAAUGACCACAUCAGAACUUCCAACAGAUACAACCCAGUCUACAUUCUCAGCAAGUGCCCAGUCUACAAAUACAACCCAGUCUGUAAUUACUUCACAACCAACACAAAAUGAAACUCAAAUUAUAACUGAAGCCCAGUCAACAAUAACCAUAUCGGAACUUCCAACAGAUACAACCCAGUCAACCUUUUUAAUGAGUGUCCAGUCUACAAAUACACCCCAGUCUGUAACUACUUCUCAACCAGCACAGACUGAAACCCAAACUACAAAUACACUCCAGUCUGUGAUUACUUCACAAUCAACACAAAAUGAAACCCAAAUUACAACUGAAGGCCAGACAACAAUGACCACAUCAAAACUUCCAACAGAUACAACCCAGUCUACAUUUUCAACAAGUGCCCAGUCCACAAAUACACCCCAGUCUGUUACUACUUCACCAACCACACAAAUCGAAACCCAAACUACAACUGAAGGCCAGACAACAUUGACCACAUCAGAACUUCCAACAGAUACAACCCAAUCUACAUUUUCAACAAAUGCCCAGGCUGCAAACACGCCCCAGUCUGUAACUACUUCACAACCAGCACAAAAUGAAACCCAAACUACAAGUGAAAUCCAGUCAACCAUGACCACUUCACAACUUCCAACAGACACAACCCAGUCAACCUUCUCAACAAGUGCCCAGUCUGUAACUACUCCACCAACCAUACAAACUGAAACCCAAUCUACAACUGAAGGCCAGACAACAAUGACCACAUCAGAACUUCCAACAGAUCCAACCCAGUCUACAUUUUCAACAAGUGCCCAGUCUACAAAUACACCCCAGUCUGUUACUACUUCACCAACCAUACAAACUGAAACCCAAUCUACAACUGAAGGCCAGACAACAAUGACCACAUCAGAACUUCCAACAGAUCCAACCCAGUCUACAUUCUCAACAAGUACCCAGCCUACAAAUACAUCUCAGUCUGCAACUAUUUCAGAAUCCAUACAAACUGAAACCCAAACUACAACUGAAGGCCUGUCAACUAUGACCACAUCACAACUUCCAACAGACACAACCCAGUCAACCUUCUCAACAAGUGCCCAGCCAACAAAUACACCCCUAUCUGUGACUACUUCACCAACCGUACAAACUGAAACCCUAACUACAACUGAAGCCCAGACAACAAUGACCACAUCACAACUUUCAACAGAAUCAACCCAGUCUACAUUCUCAACAAGUGCCCAGUCAACAAAUACACCCCAGUCUGUAACUACUUUCCAACCCAUGCAAACUGAAACUCAAACUACAACUGAAGCCCAGUCAACAAUGACCACAUCACAACUUCCAACAGACACAACCCAGUCAACCUUCUCAACAAGUGCCCAGUCUGUAACUACUCAACCAACCAUACAAAUUGAAACCCAAACUACAACUGAAGGCCAGACAACAAUGACCACAUCAGAACCUCCAACAGAUACAACCCAAUCUACAUUCUCAACAAGUGCCCAGUCUACAAGUACACCACAGUCUGUAACUACUUCAGAAUCCAUACAAAUUGAAACCCUAACUACAACUGAAGCCCAGUCAACAAUGACCACAUCACAACUUCCAACAGAUACAACCCAGUCUACAUUUUCAACAAGUGCCCAGCCUACAAAUACACCCCAGUCUGUAACUACUACUUCAACCAUACAAAUUGAAACCCAAUCUACAACUGAAGGCCAGACAACAAUGACCACAUCAGAACUUCCAACAGAUACAACCCAAUCUACAUUCUCAACAAGUGCCCAGUCUACAAACACGCCCCAGUCGGUAACUACUCCACAACCAGCACAAACUGAAACUCAAACUACAAGUGAAAUCCAGACAACAAUGACCACAUCAGAACCUCCAACAGAUACAACCCAAUCUACAUUCUCAACAAGUGCCCAGUCUACAAAUACACCCCAGUCUGUAACUACUUCAUCAACCAUACAAAUUGAAACCCAAUCUACAACUGAAGGCCAGACAACAAUGACCACAUCAGAACUUCCAACAGAUACAACCCAAUCUACAUUCUCAACAAGUGCCCAGUCUACAAACACGCCCCAGUCGGUAACUACUCCACAACCAGCACAAACUGAAACUCAAACUACAAGUGAAAUCCAGUCAACAAUGACCACAUCCGAACUUCCAACAGAUACAACCCAGUCUACAUUCUCAACAAGUGCCCAGUCUACAAGUACACCACAAUCUGUAACUACUUCAGAAUCCAUACAAUCUGAAACCCAAACUACAACUGAAGCCCAGUCAACAAUGCCCACAUCACAACUUCCAACAGAUACAACCCAGUCUACAUUCACAACAAGUGCCCAGUCUACAAAUACACCCCAGUCUGCAACUACUUCACUAACCAUACAAACUGAAACCCAAACUACAACUAAGGGCCUGUCAACUACGACCACAUCACAACUUUCAACAGAUACAACCCAGUCUACAUUCUCAGCAAGUGCCCAGUCUGCAACUACUUCACCAACCAUACAAAUUGAAACCCAAACUACAACUGAAGGCCAGACAACAAUGACCACAUCAGAACUUCCAACAGAUACAACCCAAUCUACAUUCUCAACAAGUGCCCAGCCUACAAACAUGCCCCAGUUGGUAGCUACUUCACAACUAGCACAAAAUGAAACCCAAACUACAAGUGAAAUCCAGUCAACAAUGACCACAUCCGAACAUCUAACAGAUACAACCCAGUCUACAUUUUCAACAAGUGCCCAGUCUACAAGUACACCACAGUCUGUAACUACUUCAGAAUUCAUACAAACUGAAACCCAAACUACAACUGAAGCCCAGUCAACAAUGACCACAUCCGAACUUCCAACAGAUGCAACCCAGUCUACAUUUUCAACAAGUGCCCAGUCUACAAGUACACCACAGUCUGUAGCUAUUUCAGAAUCCAUACAAACUGAAACCCAAACUACAACUGAAGCCCAGUCAACAAUGACCACAUCACAACUUUCAACAGAUACAACCCAGUCAACAUUCACAACAAGUGCUCAGUCUACAAAUACACCCCAGUCUGCAACUACUUCACCAACCAUACAAACUGAAACCCAAACUACAACUGAAGCCCAGUCAACAAUGACCACAUCACAACUUUCAACAGAUACAACCCAGUCAACAUUCACAACAAGUGCUCAGUCUACAAAUACACCCCAGUCUGCAACUACUUCACCAACCAUACAAACUGAAACCCAAACUACAACUGAAGGCCUGUCAACUAUGACCGCAUCACAACUUUCAACAGAUACAACCCAGUCUACAUUCUCAGCAAGUGCACAGUCUGCAACUACUUCACCAACCAUACAAACUGAAACCCAAACUACAACUGAAGGCCUGUCAACUAUGACCACAUCACAACUUUCAACAGAUACAACCCAGUCUACAUUCUCAGCAAGUGCCCAGUCUGCAACUACUCCACCAACCAUACAAACUGAAACCCAAACUACACCUGAAGCCCAGUCAACAAUGACCACAUCACAAGUUCCAACAGAUACAACCCAGUCUACAUUCUCAGCAAGUGCCCAGUCUGUAGCUACUCCACCAACCAUACAAACUGAAACCCAAUCUACAACUGAAGGCCAGACAACAAUGACCACAUCAGAACUCUCAACAGAUACAACCCAGUCUACAUUUUCAAUAAGUGCCCAGCCUACAAACACGCCCCAGUCUGUAACUACUUCACAACCAGCACAAAAUGAAACCCAAACUACAAGUGAAAUCCAGUCAACAACGACCACAUCCGAACUUCUAACAGAUACAACCCAGUCUACAUUCUCAACAAGUGCCCAGUCUACAAGUACACCACAAUCUGUAACUACUUCAGAAUCCAUACAAUCUGAAACCCAAACUACAACUGAAGCCCAGUCAACAAUGACCACAUCACAACUUCCAACAGAUACAACCCAGUCUACAUUCUCAACAAGUGCCCAGUCUACAAGUACACCACAGUCUGUAACUACUUCAGAAUCCAUACAAACUGAAACCCAAACUACAACUGAAGCCCAGUCAACAAUGACCACAUCCCAACUUCCAACAGACACAACCCAGUCAACCUUCUCAACAAGUGCCCAGUCUGUAACUACUCCACCAACCAUACAAACUGAAACCCAAUCUAUAACUAAAGGCCAGACAACAAUGACCACAUCAGAACCUCCUACAGACACAACCCAGUCUACAUUUUCAACAAGUGCCCAGCCUACAAAUACACCCCAGUCUGUAACUACUUCACCAACCAUACAAAUGGAAACCCAAACUACAACUGAAGGCCAGACAACAAUGACCACAUCAGAACUUCCAACAGAAUCAACCCAAUCCACAUUCUCAACAAGUGCCCAGUCUACAAGUACACCACAGUCUGUAACUACUUCAGAAUCCAUACAAACUGAAACCCUAACUACAACUGAAGCCCAGUCAACAAUGACCACAUCACAACUUCCAACAGAUACAACCCAGUCUACAUUUUCAACAAGUGCCCAGUCUACAAAUACACCCCAGUCUGUAACUACUUCAUCAACCAUACAAAUUGAAACCCAAACUACAACUGAAGGCCAGACAACAAUGACCACAUCAGAACUUCCAACAGAUACAACCCAGUCUACAUUCUCAACAAGUGCCCAGUCUACAAACACGCCCCAGUCGGUAACUACUCCACAACCAGCACAAAAUGAAACCCAAACUACAAGUGAAAUCCAGUCAACAAUGACCACAUCUGAACUUCCUACAGAUACAACCCAGUCUACAUUCUCAACAAGUGCCCAGUCUACAAGUACACCACAGUCUGUAACUACAUCAGAAUCCAUACAAUCUGAAACCCAAACUACAACUGAAGCCCAGUCAACAAUGACCACAUCACAACUUCCAACAGAUACAACCCAGUCUACAUUCUCAACAAGUGCCCAGUCUACAAGUACACCACAGUCUGUAACUACUUCAGAAUCCAUACAAACUGAAACCCAAACUACAACUGAAGCCCAGUCAACAAUGACCACAUCACAACUCCCAACAAAUACAACCCAGUCAACAUUCUCAACAAGUGCCCAGUCUACAAAUACACCUCUGUCUGCAACUACUUCACCAACCAUACAAACUGAAACCCAAACUACAACUGAAGGCCUGUCAACAAUGACCACAUCACAACUUCCAACAAACACAACUCAGUCAUUCUUCUCAACAAGUGCCCAGUCUGUAACUACUCCACCAACCAUACAAACUGAAACCAAAACUACAACUGAAGCGCAGUCAACAAUGACCACAUCACAACUUCCAACAGAUACAACCCAGUCUACAUUCUCAACAAGUGCCCAGUCUACAAGUACACCCCAGUCUGUAACUACUUCACAACCCAUACAAACUGAAACCCGAACUACAACUGAAGCCCAAUCAACAAUGACCACAUCACAACUUCUAACAGAUACAACCCAGUCUACAUUCACAACAAGUGUCCAGCCUACAAAUACACCCCAGUCUGUAACUACUUCACCACCCAUACAAACUGAGACCCAAACUACAGCUAAAGCCCAGUCAACAAUUACCACAUCACAACUUCCAACAGAUACAACCCAGUCUACAUUCUCAACAAGUGUCCAGCCUACAAAUACACCCCAGUCUGUUACUACUUCACCACCCAUACAAACUGAAACCCAAACUACAGCUAAAGCCCAGUCAACAAUUACCACAUCAGAACUUCCAACGGAUACAACCCAGUCAACAUUCUCAACAAGUGUCCAGUCUACAAAUACACCCCAGCUUGCAACAACUUCACAAUCCAUACAAACUGAAACCCAAACUACAACUGAAGCCCAGUCAACAAUGGCUACAUUACAACUUCCAACAGAUACAACACAGUCUAUAACAACUGACCAGGGUUCUACUAUCAGUACAACUACUGCUUCACAUGAAAGCUCUCUUUUUUCACUACAGUCUACAACAGAGCCACUAACAACUGUAAUGGAACUCACUACAAGUGCAGCAAGUCCUACUACACUGCUUACAACUUCAGUACCUGUCAUGUUUAUCUGUGAUGAAAUAUUUGAUCCUGAACUGCUGAAUUCAUUUUCAACUCAGUACAAAAAUCGAGAACAAAAAGUAAAAAAUGAAUUCGAACCAGCCUUAAGACAAGAUUUCAUCUCUUUCCUUGGACUGAAAGUUCGUAGGUUCCGUCCUGGCUCAAUCGUCACAUAUAUGGAUUUGGAAUUCACAGUGGACAAUCUGCCCACUGAUGUGCAGAUCAGCAUUGCUAUCUUCAAUGCAAGCACAACAUUUAAUAUCACAAACGUAACUGUCAGACCUGAUGAAAAUGCUACAACCACUGCAUCCACUACAACAAGCCAGCAAACAGUUACAGAAAACUCCCAGGUUACAAACAGCCCUCAGGCUACAACCCUCUCAACAACUCUAUUGCAACCUGUUACAGCAGCAAACCUGACCUCUUCACAACAAACUCUAAUCCAAACUACAACUGAUGCACAGUCAACAACAACUACAACAGCUACAACUAAGUCUACGUUCUCAACAAUUUCACUAAUGACACCAACUCUAGCUACAGCUAUAUCUACAACUGCGACAAUCCCAACCACAACAACAUUGCCAUCUGCAUCAACUACUAUCCAGCCAACAUCAAACACUGCAACAGUAGUUACCACCCAACAGACAACGUCAACCACUUUACAACCACAGUCGACAAUAACAAUCCAGUGGACGACAACAUCCCAACCUAUCAGUACAGUUCAAGCUACAACGGUAUUUUCCAGUAUAUCGACAACUCCAAGCCUUCCUGCAACUACUACAAUUCAAACCACCCCUUUACUUAAACCAACACCACCCCUAGAACCUUCAGUCACAAACAGUCAAACAACCACCACAACCAAACCAGCAAUAGUCACAACUACAACACCACCACCAACCACCACAACAACUACAACAACAACAACAACCAAAACAACACCAACCACAACACCACCGACAACCACCGCAACAACAAAAGCAACAUCUGUGGUUUCAACUACAACAGCAUUACCAACACGUCCUCCACCAAUUGUAGCCAUAGAGAUGGUCAUUUUAAUAGUAUUCACUUCAGAUCUGGAAGACGCAACAUCUCUAGCAUUUAAGAACUUGGCAAAAGAAGUUGAGCAAGAGUGUGACAAAGUAUAUAAAAUGAAGUAUGGAGCUCUUUUCCUGAGGGUUAUCGUGCUUGCAUUCAGAGCUGUGAGCAAAAUGAGGGCAAUAGAACAAAAUGUACAGGUUGACCUUGAAAUAGUGUUCAACCAAAACUCCACUGAACCCAUUCCUGACAACAACGACAUUGUGCAGGCUCUAAAAGAUGCAGCUUUAAAUCCAGCCUCGGGCUUCAACCUCAGUGUGGAUGUCAACACUAUUAUGGUUAUCAAAUCACUGCAGAUCAUUCCAGUGAUAAUCCUGACCAAUGGAACCUUAACGGCUGCUCUUUUAAAUAAAUCUACCACCGAAUUCCAGAACAGGGCAAUGAUGAUAAAAACAGGGCUUGAGCCCUUUUUCUUCUAUGACUACCCAGUAUCAUUCAGCACCAUAUCUUUAACAAACUUCAGUGAUGCCGGUGUGAAAUCAAAGAUUGUGCCGUCAAUCCGGAACAGCAUGGAUUUAGCAUUCGCAGCCGGCACAGCUCUGCCCAGUGACACCCAGAUAGUGAACACUAUAGUCCGAGCAGCCAGGAACAACACGUUACCCUUCGAGAUCUACACUUACUCAAUAAUAGUAAAUAAUACAGCGUAUUCAUCAGGAGAAGUCAGCAGUAAGAUCAGUGUGCUGACUGCUUUACUCCUGACGGCUGCGUCUCUUCUGCUUCCCCGGUUUAUUUGAUCAUAACCACUGCACGUAUGAUCAAUAUGAACGAUUGAGACACAAAUGAAUGUAUUUUCCACACCUACUCAAGAGAAGGACUCUCAACAAAAACAAACUAGAUCUUGAAGCUACGGUGCAGCGCAUCCACUUUCAGCUCAAGUUCUGGAUAAACCCUGACAUUCAAACACUUUCUCUAAUUUAUUAAACGGCACUAUAGUGUCUUUGGGUUUUGUUUCCGAUCCUUGUAAAGGGCAUUUUCUUCUAUUUUCAUCAAUGUAUUGUUUGUUCAUAUGCACUUUCCUUGGAUGUGGUUUAAAAAAAGAGAGAGAUUUUAACUUAAAUUCAGUAAAACCUCAUGCUCUACCAAUGUAUUUAAGUAUUGAAAUGUAAUAUAAAAACAUUUAUAAAUAUGUAAAUGCAAUGUAUAAAUUACAAAAAUAUAUACAUAUAUAUAUAUAUACAUAUAGUUGCACAGUGUGGUAA